AUGAUGCUAGACGAGUGCUGGUUCAUUGUGAACGGUAUUCCGAUAAGAUACUCGGUUAGAGAGCAUGCUCUAAUCACCGGGUUGUCGUGUGGUCCGCUUCCAGAUAAUUACGAUAGAAAGUCAAGUCGUUGUGACUUUAUCAAAAAACAUUUUGGAGAGACCUCCAAAAUAGAUUUCUCAACUGUGGAGAAGAAGUUAGAGGCUAUGACAGAAGAAGGUGAAGGUGAUGAUCGCUUAAAAAUUGCUGUCUUGUACUUCUUGACAUCUGUUAUCGCCAGAAAGAAGAAACAGACUACAAAAAUAGAUGACUUUUUGGUAAACAUAGUUGAUGAUCUGCCUCUUUGUAGACGCUUUCCUUGGGGAAGCUAUACGUUUAAGAACUGUGUUGCAAAAAUCCGAAACUACGUAGAAAACCAGAAAGGCAUUCCGAAUCCUUCAUUUUGUUUUGAGGGAUUCUACCUUGGUUUGGAGCGCUUGGCGUUUGAGAGCAUUCCAAACCUGAAGAAUUCACAUCUAAAAGAUGUAGCGGAAGCAAAUAAUGCAUGUCCUCGAAUGUGCAAAAGUCAUUUCGUUGACUACGAUCUCAAAGGUUUUCCUCUAGAGCGCAUAUAUGAGCAUCUUGGCGAAACCAAGGAAAUUCAGAGUAUCUUGGAACCUGAAGCAGAUGAACAACAUCUUGUGGCCAACAUAGUUGAAAACGCUGAUUAUGUUGACAGAAGAGUUACCUGGAAUGCUGCUCUAAGAGAUAAUCAGGUCGUGUGUUGGGAAGAUCUCUAUGAUAGAGAUGUGUCAAAUCGAGAAAUAGAAAUGACGACGAAAGAAAAUGAUAAAGAAGCUCAAGUUGGGAGAAGAGGUCAAGUUCAGAAAGCAGUGCCAAGAAAAAAAGAUGACAGUGGGUUGAAUCGCCUUAAACGGCAGCUUUACCGGAGAAUUGACCAGAGGGUUGCGGAAGUGGGAAAAAGUCUUCUGAAUCCGUCUCAGUCUAUUAUCGAGGAAAGAGAAGAGGGGCUAGGGACUGUAGGUGGAACGGAUCAUUUUGCUCGCGAAGUUCUAACGAAUGUUACUCCCAUGCACCCUUCAGCGUCUCGUUCUCCUACUAUUCCCGUGAUUGACGCAGGAAAGCAGAAGGGAACGCGUGAGAUUUUGAAGUGCUACUUGAUCAACCCUAAUGGUAGUAAGGAUUUUGUUGCAAUAGGGGUUAGAGAUCCAAGCCGUUUAGUUAUCCACAGUGUACCCGUGAAGCCUCAUGAAGUUGUUGUGACAGUUUCUAAGGUCAUGAUAGACAUACCUGUUUGGAAACCAAAAGAUGACGUUGAGAUGUUAAGUAAUGCAGUUGGCACAUACAUUGUCUGGCCAAAGGACAGUGUAUUACCUUAUGAGGAUGAGGAUGAAGAAGACAAGGCAGAAGACAAGGACAAUCUCUACCAAAGCGAUCAACGCAACCGAGUUGUUAAUGAAGAGAAUCCUGGCACAAGAAAAAGAAAAAGAGGAAACAGCAGUGCUAGAGAAACAGAAGAGUCACCGCAGCGAUAUGAUACGUUUCAGAGUUUACAGCCUUCAUAUUCCCCCUCUUUUCAGUCUCUCGACGAGCCGGAACAGACGGGAGCGAACCAAGAAGAUGACGGUCAGCUACAGCUUCAUCAGAAGCCAUUGAAACAGCUUCAUCCGAAGCCAUUGAAGGUCUAUGUGAGGCAAAAGAGAGUGACACGAAAUCAACUUGUGGGUAAUGAGCAGGUUGCACUCAGGACACGAAAUCAACUUGGAAAUGGAAGGAAGAAGCCAUAUAUAACCCAGGGUGGACGCAAAAUUUAUAGUCCAGUCAGGUUCAUGUUUGCCACAUAUAAGUAAAUGGACGCUGGUUCUGAUGUUUAAGACACAGAAGUUUGAGUUGACUCUGUGUUUUCAAAAUCCAAAUGCGGCAAACACAAUUGGAUACGUUUUUAAAAUUGUUUUUUCUUACAAAAUGUUUUCUUUCAUGGUUUGUUUUAAUGUUUUUUUCA